AUGACGUCGGCUCGGGAUCGGUCGCAGUCGGUUUCUGUACGGCGAGUCACUCCGCGUAUUAUCAUCAACAGCGUCAUAGCCGAGGAAGGGUACAGACAGCGGGCAUUAAGCUCGACAGCCGCAGACCUUGCCGCACGACGGGGUGUAUUCAGCAGGAAGCAUUAUGGUUCCAUCGAGCUAUUAGUGUCGCACGAUGAGGAUGGGGGCGCUCACGCUGUCGGUCGCUUCCGAGUAGAAAACGGGGAUCGGUGUGACAAAGACGAGGUCUACGGGGCUGCUGCCGCUCCAUCGCCCGUACACUUGGAAAAUCCUGAAUUCCAAACGCGCUGGUACUUCAAGUACUAUCUUGGAAAACAGCACCAGAAUUAUGUGGGUCACGAAUACGACGGAAACAUAUUCUUCCUGUCGAUUGUUCUUACCGACGCCAACAAUCACAGCGUGCCGCAGUACAGAGUCAUCUUGUGGCGCAGAACGGGAACGCAGAAGAUAUGCCUGCCUUUUAAUCCCAACAAGCCGAUGACGGCGAAGCAGAUAUCGAGUUCUUUCUCCAAUAUGGAAAAGAUAGAGAAGGGACCACGAGAGAUAUUCAGUCCGGAAAUUCAAAAGGACCUGCUGCUCUUAGAGGAACAAGAAGGUUCGGUAAAUUUCAAAUUCGGGAUCGUGUACGCGAAGGCGGGUCAGACGUCGGACGACGAGUUCUUCAGUAACGAGAACGGAAGUGAAGAAUUUAAAAGAUUUAUUGACCUAUUGGGCGGCAGAAUCACGCUGCGCAACUGGGACCGAUUCAAAGGUGGCUUGGACGUUAAAAGCAAUACGACAGGUAUGGAGUCAAGAUACACGGUGUUCGAAGGCCACGAGAUCAUGUUUCACGUAUCGACGUUACUUCCGUAUUCCAGAGACAACCGACAGCAAGUGGAGAGGAAGCGAAUAUUGGCACGAUAUUGUAAGGCAUCGUGUUCCAAGAGCAAGCGAGGCUGGCGACGUGCCAUGCUUUUCAAAGCCUUGUAUGCUAAAGUCGAUAUUUUCGCGCUGGUGACGUACAAUCGACAGUUGGACGCCUACAGGCUGUGGGUGUGGUCCGAGGAAGCGGUGCCUCUCUUCGGACCUACUCUUCCCUGUCCACCCCUCUUCCAGGACCCGCAGCAGUUUCGCGAUUUUCUUCUCGUCAAACGUAAUCAUACUUUAUACUCUUCAACACGCUUCGAUGAAUUGUUCUCAUCCAUUCUCAACGCUCACAGUGACUUAAUCUCAAAGCCGAUAGCCCCGAAUAUGCUCAACCGGAGAGCGUUUAGCGACGUCUUUCCGGACUCUCCGCGUGGCUCCCGGCGCAAAGAGGAAGCGCGACAAGCGGAGUUCCUGCAAACCGGACAGGCACUGAAGCUGGAUACAAUAAUGAGAGGGGAUGCACCGACCAGCCUAGCGACAACCGGACUAUUUCGCCGUGAGCCGUGGGAACCUCACUGCAUCUAUCCGGAUUUUCCGCACGAGGUCGUCUGUGGCGAUUCCUGGGGUGACAGACUGAUAGUCGGUGCAGAAGGAGGUGGAAUAUUCCUUAUAGAAGAGAGAACGCCGUAUAGAGCUCUCUUCGAUAGAUCCGUAGUCAUCAGGCAGCUGAAUGUUGUCGCUCCGCACGGUAUCCUUCUGUUUCUGGCUGAUAAAGGCAAGGAAAGUCGUGUAUACGUUUGCAGACUUAGUGAUUUUGAAGGACAGAGCCACGAACAAACGACGCGCACAAAGGCUGACCUAAAGAACAAUCGAUUGGAAAUCACAAAAGGGUGUCAUCUGUACGCACUGAGCCGGCCGGGCGGCAGCCAUCUCAGAAUGGUGAUCGCAAUCAACAAACGGCUGCUGGUGGUACAGUGGCGCCACUCGGCGGCGUGGACAGCGUGGUGUUCUGCGUCUGAUACAGACACGAUCGAUGGCUUCCACUAUAUACGCGAGCAUCAGUGCGGAGACAUACCGUCGAUACUGACGCUCAUCGAUGGCACCAAGUGUGAUAACCAGAUAAGCGUCGGUUACCGCAACCAGUUUGAUCUUAUCAACGAGAAGAACGGAGACAUGCUGAGACUGUUCCAUGUAGAAGGCAGUAAGGUAAAGCUUGUUACUGCACUGGAUAUUUAUGAAGACGAUGAAGCAGAACUUCUCCUAUGCUACAAUCAUACGGCACAUUUCCAGAAGUUGUGCGAGGAGACAUCGACACAGUUUGACUUCCAGUGGAACUCUGUUCCAAACAAAAUCGUUUGUGCGUUCCCCUACAUCAUGGGGUUCACUUACGAUUCUAUCGAGAUACGACUCAUCGUGAAUGGAAAUCUUGUACAUACGAUGAAUAUGCCAAAGCUUAAUCUUCUGACAUCCAAGAGUGACAUCUACUUCACUGUACCGGCGAUGGACGUAUUCACGGAUUCAGAUGGAGCCACGCCACCGAAUGAAGGACUAUCUGUUCACGCGUGCCUACCGAAAACUGACCCAACUCCGUCUACGUCCGACGGCAAGCCGCUACGAAUACUGAAGAUACCGAUGAGCUGUCUGACGGGUCAGGUACAACAAUGCGACCUGCCCGCCGUGCAGCCGCCGUUGCCUUCCUCCACCCGUCUCGCACCCAUCAUCAGCGUGACGUCAGAGCGCACGUCGCCGACGCAGCCGACCGGUGAGCGGGAUGGUCGGCUGCUCGAGCGAGGAGGCGACCAUCGGCCUGAUCAGUUGCACCGCUGCAUGCGAAGCAGCUCGGGUCUGUUCAUCCGCAAGCUCGACCAGGUGCUGCGCUCGGACUCCGGCAGCUCGGACUCGGGCUACCGGCGCAGCGGCAGCGAGGGCUCGACGCCGCCUAUCAGCCCAUUCUUCUUCCCAGAGAACAUCGACGACGAGACGAUCAUGUUCGAGUCGAAGUAUCACUCACACUGAUCGAGCCAGGCGCGCGCGCCCUCGCGCGGCCAAAAGUGCAGUUAUAGUUGUAGUAGUGACGUUUGUAUACGCAUCGUACUGUCGUUGACUUUCGUGAACAAAGUUUAUCGUGGCGCGUUGUGAGGUAACGCUUCCAGCUUCCGCUGCCGGAUGCCGUUAUUAUAUGCGAUGACGAUGACAACGAUGAUGACGAUAGCGACGACGGCAAUGACGACAACGACAACGAUGACGACAAAGAUGGUGAUGAUGACAAUGACGAUACUGUUGACGAUAAUGCGUACGACAAUAAUAAUAAUGGUGACGAAAUGAUGGCAACCGUGUCAUCCACAAAUACGACGACGAUGACGACCAUAACAAUGACGACGCUGGCGACGACGAUGGUGAACAACUAUUUACAUGCGUUCUACCGACGAGACGUGUAAAUACCGGUGAUGCCCGUUUUCUUCUUUGUGGACUGCUUGAGACACAAGCUGCCGCGCGAGCAUAUUUUGAGCAUGAUUACUUCACAUAACGCGACAGUAGCAUUUUGCAUGUUUGAGUUCUGAAAAUCAUGUUUAGUUUAACCGCCACACUAGUCGUUCUGAUUAGUGUGAUCACGUCGCUACCGGUAUUCGUGAGUAGAUGAUAUACACGCUACAGGAUUCGACUUCACAUAGCAUAUGUAAUGACACACUAGUGUUAACCAGGUUACUCAGAAGAAUUGUGUUACAUUGUAAGAUACUGUGUCUCAGAACAUGAACAAAAAGCAGAAAUCAAGGUAGUCAAAUCUUGGCUUCUUUAAUUGGUCUUAAAUUUCGUAAAUAGCUAAGCGCCUAUACUAUAUGAGUGAAAUGGUUAAAUAGCUAUUGAACUCGCUCUCAACUAGCAGCUCUAGGUAUGGAUAAUUAUUUGCACGUAAGUUAUGUGAGUAUUAUGCCUGCACUGUGAUAAUCGGAUACCUUAUACUCUUGAUUCUGUUUUUGACUGCCGCAGCAUAAUGAGUGAUUUGAAAGCUAUUGUGUGUCGUGCAAAAUCGCGUCAUGAUGAAACAUGAUAGCGAUGUUGUUCACAAUAUAUCAUAAACGAAUCCAUGCAGCGUAUGAACGCUUGAAUCAUCGGGAAUUGUAACACGAAGCCUUUUGCUGUUGCAGCGCAUCGUCUCUGCAUGUUAGGUCUUUUGAAACGACGAUAGGCGAUUCAUGUGUCUGUUGAAUAUAGAAUUUCUAUGCCCUUUCAUCGAUGAUCUGUUAUAAUAUCGAGAUCUGUUCCGAGCUCUGCGAUUGCUGAAUCUAAAGUUGUCCACGACAACUGCGAUGCAUUAUAUCGACUUUCGUAAAUGAUCACCGGUAUUCGUGAGUAGAUGAUAUACACGCUACAGGAUCCGACUUGCGUGUGCUCUCUUGCGCUAGAUCGGAUAUCUAGAUUAUCUAUUGAAUUGCGUUUAUUUAUCGUAUCCACCAUUAAACGAUGAUAAUUAGCGGGUUCACACCAAUGUGCAAUUAUUUUGCUUUGCCAAUUUUUAAGAAUCAUAAUCAGUCACAUGUUUUUAUAUAAGUUGUUGGCUGGAAGACCGCUAACGUUCGCUCUGUUCAUCAACGUGAAUACGUGUUUUUCUCAAGGCGUCGUGUCUGCUUAUAUAUACACAAUUGUUGUUUUUCACAUGAUGUAGCUUCGAAUGUUGUUCAUUUAGAAUAGCAGCUCUUGACGUGCACUAAGCACCCGCUUUCACAAUUAUGUUGCGUGUGGGAAUAGUAUUGCCCUAGAUGGCGCCAGUAUAUUUUUGUCUGUUGAAGUGUUUACGGAUGACGCAGUAACUUUACUGAUGCGUACGAAAGUGUCGAUCUUCAUCGUCAGCUACGAUCAAGACUUCAUUCUCGAUCCUCUUUACUUUUAAUACUUUAAGGGCUUAUUGUGGCGGUCGUAUUCAGGUGCGAACUGCACCAGAAGUAAACUGUCGCCACCUGUUGUAAAUAUCAGAUUGCUAGAUCGAUCCGUGACUAGAUCACAAAUCAGGUAAAUAAA